CAACCAUCCAUGAACAUGUGAAUGCACGACACCACGCGCAAGGUGGCAUGAUGGCCUCUCGAACACGCCGAAAGUACUCGGAGGAUGAGUUCGACGACGAUGACGAGCGACCACGGGGCCUGAUCGGCGCAGUCAAAUCCGCCCUCCUACGUCCCAUCCGACCCUUCGUUUCACGCACCGCUCUCCGGGCCUACCUAACCACGUUCCUUGUAUUCGCGACGACCCUUGUCCUCUUCGCCCUGGCAGUCACUGCCUACGCUCUGUUCUACUGGUCCUACAUCCCGCGCAUCGGCUUCGAGCGUACGAUCCACCUCCAGUUCGAUAAUGUCUACAAAUCGCACGACGAAUUGCACCGGAAUGUCAUCACGCGCACAAAAGAGCACCCUUAUCCUCAUGGAACUGUGAGCCUGACGCCGGACCUCAUCGGUGGUCAGGGAUAUGAUGUUGUCGUCGAGCUGGAUAUGCCGAGGACGAUGGACAACAGAGAGGCAGGCAACUUCAUGUUGGAAGUGACAAUGUACUCUGCUGGAACUGUAGCCGACCAGAUUGUUGAUGCCGCGAGGUCAGCAGUGUCACCUGACAGCACGAAAGAUGGCGCGGGCAGCGUGGUAGCUGUUUCCAGACGGCCAGCAAUGGUGCCCUACAGGAGUUGGAUAGUGGACGCCAUCCAGACCGCGAAGAGUCUGCCGUGGUACUUCUUCAACCUCAGGGAAGAGAAGGACAAGUUGCGCGUGCCGAUAUUCGAGAAAGCGGUCUUUGCUAGGGGCUCGGCUGGCUUGCCUGCGACUCUACGUCUCGAGGUACAAAGCACGCACCGAUUGCAGAUCUACAGCGCCGUGGCACACUUUCGAGCGCGAUUCACGGGCCUCAGGUGGUUCAUGUACAAUCAUCGCAUAAUCUCUGCGGCGAUUUUCAUCACCGCCUUCUGGACCACAGAGCUGGUCUUUUUCGCAUUGGCGUGGGGUGUCGUAUCAUUCUAUAUCUCUGGACAGCAAGAGCCAGGAGAGGUGAAGGCAGAGCUGCCGGACGACAAGACAACGGUCAAACGUGAGGAGGAAGACGAAUCUAAGCCGGCACUAUCGGACACCGAACGCACUUUCCCAACAUUGGGUGGCCAAGCGCCAUUGCGUUACAUCCCUCCUGUGAAUGGCAUCAAGCAAGAAGAGGAAGACGAAGAGUCAGCUCUGCGUCCAGUGACACCCGCGGCGGAAGCUGAUGACGAAGACGAAGAUGUCGAUUUUUUCGACUCUGGCAUUGGAACAUCGAUGGAAUCAAGCAAUCCCAGCAGAAGAGAUAGCAUGCGAAGGAGACGGGGCAGGCUCAACGAGAGACCUGAUGCGGAUAAAGCGUACUAGGAGGCUUUCGAGUACAUAUUCAACUCUGAGGAUAGCAGUCGGAUGCGGCAGCACAGCACGAUACAGUGAAGCACUCAAAGUGGUUUGAUGUACACGGACGGCGAUUGUUGGAGGUCGAAUUGCACUGUCAAGGUCUGCAAAUACUGUACCUGGGAAGCUCUUCCAAAUGUGUUCUGCUUCGCGACAAUUCUCUGCUGUACCUUCCAUAAAAAGUCGCAUGAUCUAUUGAUGAUGCUCGCCUGCCGCAAGGGCCUCGCUUCAAGUGCCCAAGCUCUCUCGUCG